AUGAAACUUGCGAAGAAGAAGAAUCAGGUUCGGCGAGAUCUUGAACGCUGGUUUCGUGACGACAAUGAGUUUUUUUGCAAGGAAGAUUCCAUUCAUUUCGAUGCAAAAGAACUUGGUAAGCGUUCAACUGGGCUGUCGCAAGUUUUGCAGGCGACUGAAAUCAACGAAGAGAAUGAGGCGAAUGAAAGCUUGAUGAAUGAAGCUUUUCUUGAAGAUUCAAGUGAGCAAGAGGAAGAAUGGCUGCCGGGAUCAGAUGAGGAUGAAGAAGCUGGAAAAGCCAUAGAAAUGGUAGAAGUCGUAGGAGCAGAAGAAAUUGAGAACGAAAAUGAUGAGAAAAAACGAAUUGCAGUUGGAGGAAUAAACGAUAUUUUUCUACGUAGCGCAUGGCUCCCAAAUUACGGUAAAGGUGGAGAUAACAAAACCUGGAGCCCCAAAUUUAUCAACUUAUCGCUGGAGAUGCUGAUAAAAGGAGAAACCGCAAGCAGCAUCCACAACUUCUUCAAAACGACAGCGAAGUAUUAUCCCGAGCUUCUUGGCGAAGAAAAAAGAGUUCCAUCUCCUGACUGGUUUGAGCGACUUCGAGAUUCAUUAAAGUAUUUGAACGAAGAGCACACCAAAGACGUCAUUCUCAAGGGCAAACGAUUCCACCUCGCGAGUGACGGAGCAGCCAUGUUGGAUGCAUCAAAAACGAUUUCAGUCGGGCUCAUAAACGAGUCUGGCAAGCUUCAUCUCAUCGGGACCGAGCUUGCGAUCGGAGGUACAAGUCAGAUAAUCGCCGACCAAAUGAUUGGGAUCGUCAACAAAACCGGUUUGGGACGAAUAAUCGGCGAGAAGAUUGAUCUCCUUAUGUCAGAUCAGCAGUCAGCUCAAAUCAACGCAAACGCGGUUGUUGCAGAAAAACUGACGCGGGAAAUCAACAAGGACGCACCUCCAUCACUCUUUUGUGCGAUGCACUGCGUCGCAAAUUGUGACAAGAACAGCCAGUGUCUUCGGAAAACCAGAAAAAUUUGGGUACGUCCAACAAGAUGGUCGCCGGUCGCUACAGCUGCUGCUCAAAUACGAUAUGGAAAGCACCAGAACAAAGAUUUUCUCUCACGAUCUAGGAAAGCGCUUUGGAAAUGA